GUGGUAAAAGGCGAAGGAAAAAGGAAGGAAGGAUGCCUGCCUCGCAAACCGCCGCCACUGAGCGGCGAAACGAAAGAGUUAUGAUCUCACACGAACCGCCAAAAUUGAAAACAACGUUAAAAAUACCACCUAAACAAGCAACGAAUCCUCUUCAAUUUGUCAAAGUUGGACCAUGUUCUUUGUAUCGUACGGCACAAGAACAACUUCAAAAAGUUCAAGAAGUUAAGAAGAUUAAACAGGAAGUACGAGAUGAUCCGGAAGAUUGGCAAUCUAAUUUAGAUAAUUGGAAGAGCAGUAGGAGGAAGCGUCAAGAACAUAUAAUAGAACGAGUGGUGGAGGUUAAAAAGUUAGAACUCGAGGAACACGAUAGGCAACGGCGUCGAAGUAAAACUUUCUCGGAGAUGAUGGAAGAGCGAGGUAACAGAGGUCGGAAAUUGAGUAUUAGUCUGGCCAUGUAUCAUGAGGAGGAUGCGAACGAUUUGAGCGACCUUGGAAUCGGUACUAGUAGUGGCAAAAGUUCAGUUAGCGGUGACACUCACGACGAUGCUCACAGUGUUCUCAGCGACAGAGACAGUGAAAUUGAAAAGAAUCAUUCGGAUGUUGACAACGUGGCCGGUGAUACCGGUGACAAUAUGAACAAUAACGCUAGCAGAUCAUCUACGGAAAUGACUACAACGACAACGACCACGACGAUGAUGACGACGACAACGACAGCAACCAAUACAACGAAGAAACCAUUUGGGAAUAGUUUUCAUGGUCAUAAUCAUAAUCAGGAAUAUGAUUCGGCAACUACAGCGACAGCUAGUUCGCCAGAACCGGAAGAAUACACCUACGAGGGUGCAAUACGUGGUUACGUUUCUAGAGUAUCACAAAACAUACCAAGGAGAUCAUUGGUAGGUUUGGAUGUUGUUAAAUUGGAUAACGUUAAAUCGUCUUCGUCUAAUUUAUCGAAGAUUGGCAGCUUGAACGAGGAUAACAAAGUUACGGGAACGUUGGGUACAACAACAACAACAACAACUACAACUACAACAGUAACACCAGUUGUCAAAGUUGACAUCCUAAAAAGACGAGAAAUCUUUGAGAAGGGAACGCAAAAGUGUUCGGACCAAAAAUCAAUUAAUAAUAAUAAUAAUAAUAAUAGUAAUAAUAAUAAUAAUAAUAAUAAUAUAAACAGGCUCUCGGGUGACUUCACCAGUACGAAGUCGAUCAAGGAGAGACUGUCAAACCUGGAAAAGCAAAAAAUCGAAACGGACAAUAACGAUAAAGUAUCUAACAACAAGAUACUGAACAACAGAUUGUCAGGUGACAUGAGUUCUAUCAGAGAAAGGUUAUCCCAUUUAGAGAAACAAACGCUAGAACGAGACAACACUAAGAUUACACCUAAUUCAUCAAAUAAUCACAAAACAAUUGUCAAUACAGAUGAAUUAGAAAACGUAAGACCAAUACGUGAAAGAUUAUCAACUUUAGAAAAAUAUAGCAGCAGCGACGAAUCCUCAGCCCCACCACCAACACCAACAACAACAACAACACAACAUCACGAUUCUAGACACGUUAAUGGUGAAUUAUUCACCGGCAGGACUAUAAAGGAUCGUUUGAAUGCAUUCGAUGUAAUAAGAAGCAAGGAAUCCUCGGAUAAAAGGGGAGGAACUAUAGUUAAACAACAUUCAACAUCCCUUUGCUUCAGAGAUCAAGAAAAUAGGAUUGAUACUUCAACGCCAAGCGAGAGGAGUUCUUCACCUGAUUCGGAAUAUCGUGCACCAAGGGGGGCACCCUUUCACAGAAGUCUCGAUUCUCUCGAUGCUGAUGCUUCAAGUGGUCCCGAUACUUUUGAACGUGUACAAAGUCUCGAAGAAUUUGAUUAUGGUAGCAGACGUUAUCAUCAUCACCCAGCUGCUUCCUCAUCUUCUGCCGAACUUUUAAAUGACACCGAUCGUGAGGAUUCCGGCAUUCACACUGCCGAUGUUAGUUGUUCAGUAAGCCAAGCCGAUGAACCGGUUGACGAAGAAAUCGUACACGCAACUACUAUUAUCGAAGAAAAACCAGAGGAUCUUCGAACGAUCGAGGCUAAUUCUUGUUCAAUUUCGUCAUCAAUUCAAGAUAAUGUUAUUGUUAAGACGAAAUCGAGCAUCGUUGCCAACGAGUCUACGACGACUGUCACCAAUCAGCAAGAAACAGCAAUAGCAACUAAGGAUACUGCUGAUACUUCUUCUGGGGAACGGUCGACUAACAAAUCAUGCCCGCAUAUGCAAGUAGAAGUUAAUACUAACUCUAAUACAACACUACUACUACCCACGGCGAAUAAUCGUCCGAUCGUUUAUCAAAGUCCAAAAGUACCCCCACGAAGAACACCACCCGAAACAUUACCCAAACCGAAGUUAAACCUUUUAAAGGAUCAUCCUAUUAUAGAUCCUAUCAUAAACAAUAAUAAUAAUAAUAACAACAACGAAACGUCGUUACCCAUUUCCAAAGAUACGGAAGAUCUAAAUACAACUUGUCCCAUUUCCAUCGAUGAAAAUCUUUUGACAUCAACACCUUCGAAUCUUACUUUGGAAUCAUCAUCGUCAUCAUUAAUUAACACCAACAUCAACACCAACACUUGUACUCCAAUUCAAGACAAUUCAAAGAUUACACGAACAGCCUCGAAAAUCCCAACACCACUUCCUCGUAAAACAAUGCCUACUAAAUCAUCAACAACUAGCUUGAUAUCAUCAUCUGCUAGUCAACCAACAACGUCACCAACUACUCCCAAACUCCAAUCAUCAUCACCAUCAUCAUCGUCAUCGUCAUCGUCUUCGUCAUCGUCAACGUCAAAAACUCGAACGUCGUCCAAUCAAAAUCCUAAAGCUUCGGAAAUCCCACUUCCAGUUAAUUCUAAAAUAUCAUCACCGUCAUCAUCUUCCCCUACGACAACCAUUUCUUCUUCUACUUCUACUUCUACUUCUUCUACUUCUUCAUCUUCAUCCUCACCUACAUCCAACACGGAUAAUAACCAUCACCACCACCAUCACCACAACCACCAAUCAACGACAACAAUCGACGAGGAUACAAUAAUAAUCCCUUUCGACGAAAGACGACGAACGGUUGUGGAAAUUUGCGAAAAGGUGGUGGUACCCCAUGGAAAAAUACCCGGGACACCAUCGGUAACACCAUUCAUCACGGUGGAUCGCGUUAACGAGAAGCUGAAUUCUUCUUCAACCAUGGCCGAGGAACCAAUAAUCUUCAUGGAGAAAGAAAACGAUGAGGAAAACAAGAACAACGUUGAAACGAUUUGCCAGACAACAACAACAACAACAACAAGUAAUAGUAAUAGUACAACGAUGACUGAUCGUGAAAUAGGAGAACCUAUCGAGAAUCUAUCGAUUAAUACAAUACUCGAAACAACUAUGACUAAUCCUACUAUUACUACUACAACUACAAAUAUUAUUACAAAGAAUUCCACUGAAGUAAUGACCAUGGAUACACCUGAUUCACCUACUUCACCAAUACCAAUAAUAAUUGGACUUGAAAGGCCAACUACUUUGAACUUCAAUAAAACUGAAAUCUCAAACAUCGAUGUAAAUAAUUAUCUCAGUCCGGUCUCACCUCAACAGUUUUUACCGUUGAGUUUGUCGAACGACGAAGAAAUAGUGACUGGUUUAGCUUUUCCAUUGGGUCCACCAACCACUGUCGAACCACCAAAAGAAAAGCCACCACCACCUCCUGUUGAUGAUAUCAGUGACGAGGAAACAUUACCAAUGGAACCUCUUAAAAGAUUGAACUCAACUAGGAGAAUAAAGAAAGAAUUACGAACGAGGCGGUCGGAUUUUUUGGGAAUAGAAGGAGUGAACGACGAUGACUUGGAAAGGGAAUUAACGUUGAUGAAGCCACCAGACAUGGCAGCAAUUCUUGCCGAAGAGAGACGUAUCGAACAACUGCAUCGUCGUUCUUACGACACUGACAGUAAUUACGAACAGGAUUCUAGCCACGAGAGGGAUUCCGGUGUUGAACUGGGACACGUUGAAGACUGGACGAAACAACCUGUCAGUCCUGACAUGUCCCAGCACAGUCGACAAAGUAGCGAACCUUUUGGCGCCAGUGUGACCUCAUCCGAGGAAGAUGAAAUCACCAAGAAGGAAAGAGAGAUCAUUGAGGUUUUAGAAAAAGAAGAACAAUGGCGAUAUGGGAACAAUCACGAACGUAACAGCGAUUUGGGAGAAAAAUUGGCCCACAAAUUGCGCGAAUUGGAAGAAGAAAAGAUGCAAUUGGAACGCGAGAGAGCACAGGAAGUUGUUUUACGUAGACAGGAAGAGAAUUUACGGAAGAAUGAAGACAACGUGCUGCGUAAACAAGAAGAAACUCUACGCAAACAACAGCAACAACAACAGCAACAACAACAGCAACAUCUCUCUUAUCAUCAUCACCAUCAUCAUCAUCAUCGUCAUCAUCAUCAAGAUGAUGAAAUCAGACAACAACAGGAAGCUGCUGCUGCUGCUGCUGCUGCUGCUCGUAUUGAGAUUGAAACUAAACGAGUCGAAGUUACGCGACAGGAAGAGGAACAACGUCGUAUACAAGCUGAACAACAAUUGAGAAUUCAAAACGAAAUUGAAGAAAAGGAAAGAAGAACAACAACUGAUGUACGACGAAAGGAAGAAAUACGAAUUAGAGCUAUGGAAAAUCAAAUUCGCGAACAAGAGAACAAGAUAUUGGUUGGUGCUGGGUUGAACAACCACGAAGAUGAAUUUGCAUCUGGGGAAGUAUUACGCGUUGAGAGAGAAUUACUUCAAUUGGAACAAGAGGAAUUGAAGAGACAACGUAACAAUCUAGCUUAUCGCGAACAAAAACAAUUGAAAUUGGCGGAACAAUUACAGGAACAGUGGAAAUCCUUGCAAGAUGUAGCACAUCAUCAUGGUUCAUCUAACAUUUCUCAACAAUACAAGCAUCAGCCAGCCAUAAAUUAUAGAUCAUCUAUGCCGAACCUUCAACUGCAGGAUGCACAAAGAAGAAGACCACCACCACCACCAAUACCAUCUAACAAACCGUUACGUCACGUUGAACAAAGACAAAGAGACGUAACUAUCAGAAAUAGUCGUGUACCAUCAGCUGAUUCUAUACCGCAACAAGUGGACGCAUCAUUGCGACAUAGUUCUUCAGCAACGACACUUUCAUGCCAUGGUGGUCAACAAAUGACUAGGCAAACGUUGCAAGCACUUAGUGCUGCACCUAGACCCAGAAUUGUUCAAGGAGAUCAAUGGGUACAACGAAGGAAAAGUGAUGUACCUAGAGGGGUUCAUGAUUUCAAUUAUCAACACUGGCUCAUUCAAGAAGCAGAACAACGGAGAAUUCAUGAGAAAAAUCAGAGAUCACCUGCACGAAAGUCUCAACCGCACGUGACCGGAACAUCCGUACCUUAUGCCGCUGCUCCGACACGGUCGGAUAGCAAGCCGUUACCAGAUUCCAUUAUACAAACUCUUACUCAAAGAGUACAGAACAGAGCACAGGAAAAACCACUAUCUCCGAGAAGAAGAUUAGAACAUAGUACCAGUCAAGAACAUAUUCCACUUCAACAUUCUAACACGAAUCAACAACAAUUAACGUUACAACCUAAAUCACAACAACCACAAUCUGUUAACAAUAACGAUAAUCAAGAAAAAAUGUUAAGCGUCAGUGGAAAAAAGAAAUGUUCCCAUUGCGGAGACGAAUUAGGUCGAGGAGCUGCUAUGAUAAUUGAGAGUCUACGUUUGUUCUACCACAUGGAAUGUUUCAAAUGUUGUGUAUGUCACGUACGAUUAGGUGACGGAUUAAUGGGAACGGACGUACGCGUUCGAAACCACAAACUCCAUUGCCAUAACUGCUACUCCAGUGACGACGGUACUACUCACACUUAAAAAAAAAAAACUCCUCUACCUAGUAUUAUUCCGUACUAUUUAAAAUUAGGUGUCAAGUUCAGCUGCGUGUAGAAGCGCAAACGGGGGCUAAAUGGAUCUGUGCAGACUAACUUGAAUAUAGCGUGUUCUCCCAGCUAUAUUUUUUAAGUUGUGUGUGUGUAUUUGUGUGUGUGUGUAGUUAAUUGUUUAAGUAGUUAGCUAGGCUAACCCGACAAUUUUACGACGACAGGGGUUUGUUCACGUGUGUACAUAAUUAAAUAGAUAUAUACGUAUAUUUAUAAAUAUAUAUAUAUAGAUAGGCAGAUAGAUAAUUAGAUAAAUGGAUAGAUAUAUAUAUAUUAUCUUUCGUAAAUGAAAAUUAUUUUUUAAAAAAAAUGUUAGAAUCAACUCCGUUAUCGUCGUCGUCAUUAUUAUUAUUUUCAUCGUCAUGAUUAUCUUACUCGACCACCUGUUAAUUAGAAAAGUAUUUUGAUUAAUUAGAAAAUUGUUUGUUGGGAGAAUAUUUUUGAUUUCAGAUAAUAAGAUUGAUUGAUUAUUCAUCGAUUUGUUUCAAACUAUUACACCCACACAACGUGCAAGGAAAUAGAAACACACGUGUUUUGUAAAUAGAUUGUAUUUAUGUAAGUAGCAUAUAUAUAUACAAAUAUUAUUAUAUAGUCGGUUAAGGAAUUAAUUAAAGGAAAAACUUUGUUGUUACGUACGCGAUAUCAUCAGAUCAUCAUCCCUCUGGCAUCCGAAUAUUAAAAUAAUAAAUGAUAAGAAAAUGAUCUUAUGUUCGUAUGUAAUCCGUAAAAAAUAUUAUAUAGAUUGCAUUGUACAUUUUUGUAAUAUAUAUAUACUUUAUAUUUAUGAGAUCAUUUCUCUGAUAACAUACUAGCUAAGAUAUGGUAAUUCACUUUAUCGUUUAUGUUUAUUCACCAACGAGAAACACCUUAUUAUUAAA